AUGGAGGCCCUUCUGGAGCCCGUGACCCUGUCCUCGAAUUUGGGCGAGGCGCGACCUCGGCGGGCGACCGCUGCCGCGAUCAGCCAGGAUUCCGAUGCCGACGCGGCGCCUGACGCCGAUGUCGCCGCGAGGGACGCGUCGCCAAAGAAGCCGACGCUCUGGUCAAAGGCGGGUCGACAGACCCGACUGAAUCUGCUCGCGUAUGAGCCCAAAAAAUGGCAGUACACCGAUGAGAAAGGCGUCACCCAGGGCCCAGCGUCGGCACUGAAAAUUCUCAAGUGGCUGGAGGCAGGGCUUUUCAACGGACGCGGCGACGAGAUUUUCUUCAGUGCCGUUGGCUCAAAGGACAAGCCUGCGUGUCUAGCCGACGCACUCCCAGCGAUUUUGGAAGAUGCCUACUUUUCCAUGGAGAAACAGAUCGCGCCUCGGACCUUCGCUGAGGAAAAGCCGGAGGAGCCGGAAAUUGUUGAGGAGCCGCCGAUGCAGUUUGCAGAAGACGUCUUUUCCACGGAAGCUGCCUUGGACAUCCAGAAAUUGCACAAGAGCUUCGGGUCUUGCGAUCUCAUGGUGUGGCUGGUGCCGCACCAGAAGCACCGCCUCGAUGACGACGACGGCGGAGGACGAGAGUUCCGGCAGCCGCCGAAGAUCUACAAGAUUCCCGUCCACAGCGCGCUGCUGCGCAUUUCGUCGCCGAUCUGGUUAAGUGAACUGACCGUCAUCGAAGAGAGAAUGCGAACGCGAAUGAAAUACCAGCAACUCGACGAGUCUCAGGUCAUGAUGAAGUACGUGAUCGAGACGUCUUACCCCGCAGCCAUUCGCGCUGUGAUUCAAUAUAUCUACGGCUAUCGCCAGGAGCUUCUCCAAGGAGAUCCGUUUUUGAUGGUGUCGGUGUACAAGGAAGCCGACAAACUCGAGAUGCGACGCCUGCAGGCGGAAGUCCUCCGCGCGCUCAGUGUCCCCAUGAGCAUUGGGCCUCUCGUCGCGCUCGCCAGAGCUGCCGAAGUUCUCAAAGUCUACCCCCUCCUUUCCGAAAUCAUUCGAAUCCUCGCGGACAGCGCCUACGCGCUCUUCUCGGGCAUGCGGCAUCUGCAGCUGGGGCCCCGCGGGCUGCAGCUCCUGCUGAAUCAGGACAACAUUCAACUCGACGAGUUGCAGAUCUACAUCUGCGCGAGCGCGUGGCUGUCGCAGCAGGACAUCCCACAGACAUCGUGGUUUUACACAGUCGACUCGCCGCGGCCGAUGUCUUCCCGUCCGCUGUCGCCCACCUCCGUGGCUUUGUCUGACUCUGGGCACUCAAGGGGCGCGGGCAGAAGCACGUCCAAGUCGAAGAAGGACAAGAAAGACAACGGGCUCUUCGCCGACGGCACCGAGGACACGCGACACGACAAAAAAGAGGAUCCCAAAAAUCGCAGAGAGGAAGUCGUCAUGGCGGUUUACCAGUCCAUCCGAUUCGACGCGAUGUCACCGACCCAGAUCAACGCCUGCAGAGAUCCGCGGCUGGACUCUCUUCUCCUGGACGCCUGUCUUCGGAAAUUCGUCCACGCUGAGAAAAAAGCCCGCGUCUUCCCGUGGACGGCUAACGACCAGUUCGCCGUCGAGUGCGACGGCAGCAUGUUUCCGGUGCUGGUCACGCGCAAGUCGCAGCUGACUGCGUCGAACAAGCGCACGAAUCAGGGCUCGGCGACCUGGGCAUGGACCGUCGGCGACCCGCGGCUGGUGAACGAGGCGAUGUGGGCUGUGGAGGUCGUCCACACCGCCAAGGGACGGCUCCACUUGGGCAUUGCCAUCGAAGAUCGCGUCUCCCACACCCGAAUUGUCUGCUACCUCGACCCUGUCGAGAAGAUCUUUGUGACCGGGACGAUCACGAGCGACCCAUCCGCGGUUUCGUAUCGCACGGCGCAGGCGGGGGGCUGCGUGAAGUGGUCCAGGAGGCUCGCGAGGGGCGACAUCGUGAUUGUCCGCGUCUCCGUCGCGAUCUCCGUGCUUCACCUCACCAUCCAAGUGCUUCGCUGCAAAAACAUGACCGCGUCCUUCAUGCUUCCUCUGCGGUCGCCCGUGAGGUUCCCGGGGCAGUUUCUGCAGCGGCCCUUCGUAACUGUUUGGCCUUUCCUUGAGGCGUUCGACUUCGGCGACACCCUCGGCGUCGCGGAGAUUCAGCCGAACUCGAUCGACAUUCAGUGA